GCCCCCCCGCGGCCGGUGUGGGGCUUCGCUCCGCCCUUCCCUCCCUCUCUCCCUCCCUCCCCGCGGCUCCCGGCGCUCGAUGCGGAACUGCCCGGGCGGCGCAGAGCGGCCGGGGGGCGGCGGCGGCGGCGGCUGUGGCGGCGCAGGUUGAACUGGCCAGACAUUUCCAAGCGAAUUGCUCCCCAAGGCACUUGGUCACGGCUGACUGGACAACCGACUGCUGGAUCCAUGAACAGGAAUUCACUGAGAUGACAUAGGGAGGGGGUCAAGGACAAUGGUGCAGAAAAAGAAAAGCUGCCCUCGGUUACUUGACUACCUUGUUAUCAUUGGAGCCAGGCAGCCAAGCAGUGAUAGUGUUGCUCAGACUCCUGAGCUGCUCCGACGUUAUCCUCUAGAAGACCAUGUAGACUUUCCUCUACCGCCCGACGUUGUGUUCUUUUGCCAGCCAGAAGGAUGCCUGAGUGUGCGGCAGAAACGCAUGAGCUUCCGCGAUGACACUUCUUUCGUCUUCACACUCACAGACAAGGAUACAGGUGUCAUUCGCUAUGGAAUCUGUGUCAACUUCUACCGCUCCUUCCAGAAGCGAGUACCUAAGGAGAAGGGAGAAGGCGCGGGAGGACAUCGAGCUCGGGAGGGACAGAAAAUCACCAAAUCUGGGGAUGUGUCUGCACCCCAAGAGGAUGUGGGCACUGAGAGUUCAGAGAGUGGUUCUUCGCUGCAGGUUCCAAGCACAGAGUCUACCCCAGAUGUGAAUCGAUCACCACGCAGUAAGCGGCUGGCCAAAGGCAGCCAUCGCUCUCGGAACAGCACCCUGACUUCUCUGUGCAUCCUUAGUCACUAUCCCUUCUUUUCCACCUUCCGUGAAUGUUUGUACACCCUCAAGAGACUUGUGGACUGCUGUAGUGAGAGACUGUUGGGCAAGAAGUUGGGGAUUCCUCGUGGAGUGCAGAGGGACACAAUGUGGCGGAUUUUCACAGGCUCGCUCCUUGUGGAGGAGAAGUCCAGCGCAUUGCUGCAUGACUUGCGUGAGAUUGAGGCCUGGAUAUACAGGCUGCUGCGUUCGCCAAUGCCCGUCGCUGGUCAGAAGCGGGUGGAUGUGGAAGUCUUGCCACAUGAGUUGCAGCCAGCUUUGACGUUUGCUCUUCCUGAUCCAUCCCGCUUCACCUUGGUGGAUUUUCCGUUGCAUCUGCCUUUGGAGUUGCUGGGAGUGGAUGCCUGCCUGCAGGUGCUGACCUGCAUCCUUCUGGAGCACAAGGUUGUAUUGCAGUCCCGAGAUUAUAAUGCUCUCUCCAUGUCGGUGAUGGCCUUUGUGGCUAUGAUCUACCCCUUAGAGUAUAUGUUUCCAGUGAUCCCUCUGCUUCCCACCUGCAUGGCCUCUGCAGAACAGUUGCUUCUAGCCCCUACACCUUACAUCAUUGGUGUUCCAGCAAGUUUCUUCCUUUACAAACUGGAUUUUAAAAUGCCUGAUGAUGUAUGGCUUAUUGACCUGGAUACCAAUAAGGUGAUCGUUCCUACAAAUGCAGAAUCUUUGCCAGCACUACCAGAACCAGAAGCAUCAGAGCUGAAAAAACAUCUGAAGCAGUGUCUGGUUAGCAUGACUGCAAUCACUCAGCAACAGCUGCUCACUCCUGACAACAAGGCACUGGCUAGCAUGAGUCUGAAUACUCAGCCCAUUCUUAACCUAGAGAAGUUCCACGAAGGGCAGGAGGUGCCACUCCUGCUGGGAAGACCACAGAAUGAUUUGCAGUCUACUCCCUCCACGGAAUUCAACCCUCUGAUCUAUGGAAAUGAUGUGGACUCUGUGGAUGUGGCUACCAGGGUUGCUAUGGUGAGAUUCUUCAACUCACCGAAUGUUUUGCAGGGUUUCCAGAUGCAUACUCGCACUCUUCGUCUUUUUCCACGACCAGUGGUGGCCUUCCAGGCAAACUCCUUUCUUGCCUCCAGGCCAAAGCAAACGCCUUUUGCAGAUAAGCUAUCCAGGACACAGGCAGUAGAAUAUUUUGGAGAAUGGUCACUCAACCCUACUAACUAUGCUUUUCAAAGAAUUCAUAACAACAUGUUUGACCCAGCACUGAUUGGUGACAAACCUAAGUGGUAUGCCCACCAGCUGCAGCCCAUCCACUAUCGUGUCUACGACAGUAAUUCACAACUGGCUGAAGCGCUGAAUGUACCAGUAGAGAAAGAAACAGACUCUGACCCCACUGAUGACAGCAGUGGCAGUGACAGUGUUGACUAUGACGACUCGAGUUCCUCCUAUUCCUCCCUUGGUGACUUUGUCAGUGAGAUGAUGAAAUGUGACAUUAAUGGCGAUACUCCAAAUGUUGACCCCCUGACACAUGCAGCCCUUGGUGAUGCUAGUGAAGUGGAAUUCGAUGAUUUUCAAGAAUACUCAGGGGAUCUGGAUGAACAAGCCAUGGACAGUGAGAACUCCCAAGAGAACAACCAGCCUCGUUCAAGUUCCAGUACUACAGCCAGUAGCAGCCCCAGCACUGUCAUCCACGGAGUGAAUCACGAGUCUGCAGAUUCAGCGGAGAUGGAAGAGAAGCUGGCUGCUGGAUUUUCAAACCAUCUCCCUUCCUUGCCACUGCAAACAAGCUUUCCCAAGAUGAGCUUGGAUCGUCGUGAGAGUGACAGCCCAGCUGUCAGCAUAAGCUCCUCAGAAGGGGUGGUGAGGAAACGAGAGUAUGACAAUCCAUACUUCGAGCCACAGUAUGGGUUUCCGACAGAGGAUGAAGAUGAUGAGCAGGAAGAGAGCUACACCCCAAGAUUUAACCAGAAUCUCAAUGGAAGCAGGUCUCAGAAGUUACUCCGUCCAAACAGUUUAAAACUGGCCAAUGAUUCUGAUGCGGAUUCGGACUCCAGGGCCAGCUCCCCAAACUCUACUGUCUCUAACAACAGCAGUGAAGGUUUUGGGGGCAUCAUGUCUUUUGCAAGCAGCUUGUAUAGAAACCACAGCACAAGUUUCAGUCUGUCCAACUUAGCCCUACCAACCAAAGUUGGGAGAGACAAGAAUACUCCCUUUCCCAGCCUGAAAGAUUACUUUAAUCUGGAAGUGGGAAGGGAUGUGGAUGAAGUAUUUGGGUUAAAUACUAUAAUGGAGAUUAUUACUGAAGCUGGCCCAGUAAGCAAUGAAGGAAACAGACGAGCCCUGGUAGAUCAAAAGUCUUCAGUCAUUAAGCACAGCCCAACAGUGAAGAGAGAAUCUCCAUCGCCUCAGGGACGAAGUAGCAAUUCCAGUGAGAACCAGCAGUUCCUGAAGGAGGUGGUACACAAUGUUCUCGACGGGCAAGGUGUUGGCUGGCUGAACAUGAAGAGAGUCCGUCGCCUGCUGGAGAGUGAGCAGCUCCGAGUCUUUGUACUAAGCAAGCUAAAUCGCACGAUCCAGUCAGAAGAAGAUGCUCGGCAGGAUGUCAUACAGGAUGUGGAGAUCAGCCGCAAAGUUUAUAAAGGCAUGCUGGACUUGCUGAAGUGUACUGUGCUGAGCCUGGAGCAGUCAUAUGCAAAUGCUGGCCUGGGAGGCAUGGCCAGUGUUUUUGGCCUUCUAGAAAUAGCACAUACUCACUAUUACAACAAAGAACCAGAGAAGAGAAAACGAAGUCCAACAGAUGGAUCUGUCACUCCAGUUGGCAAGGAUCCUGCAUCAUCUCCAAGAGUGGAGCUGAAACCUGCGAUGCAGCUGCCAGUACCUCAGCUGAUGUCAAAGGCACUGAGCCCUGCAGGCAAAGGGCCAAGGGAGUUUGACACAAGGAGUCUAAAGGAAGAAAAUUUUAUUGCUUCCAUUGAAUUGUGGAACAAGCACCAGGAAGUGAAAAAGCAAAAAUCUUUGGAAAAAACGAGGCCAGAAGGUGUGAAACAUUUUGAUUUGGGAGAAACAGAUGAGAAAAAAUCCCAGAUCAGUGCAGACAGUGGCCUCAGUUUGGCCUCAGGUUCUCAGAAGAGUGAUUUCGACUCUCUUCCCAGUGGAGGACCAGCAGUUAUGGUCCGAAGUACCAGCCAGGAUUCUGAAGUUAGCACAGUGGUUAGUAACAGCUCUGGAGAGACAUUAGGAGCCGACAGUGACUUGAGCAGCAAUGCUGGUGAUGGCCCAAGUGUGGAAAAUGGUGGCAAUCUGGCAGGAUCCAGGGGCACUGUGUCAGACAGUGAAAUUGAGACAAAUUCUGCUACUAGCUCUAUUUUUGCAAAGUCUCAUAACCUGAAGCAGAGCGUGAAGGAUAACAAAGGCAGUGCUCCAGGGAGAGUUCCAGAGGAUGGGAACCAGCGUGUCUAUCUUUAUGAAGGACUUUUGGGCAGGGAUAAAGGAUCUGUCUGGGACCAGUUAGAGGAUGCUGCAAUGGAAACCUUCUCUAUGAGUAAAGAGCGCUCAACUUUGUGGGACCAGAUGCAGUUCUGGGAAGAUGCUUUUUUGGAUGCUGUGAUGUUAGAGAGAGAAGGAAUGGGGAUGGACCAGGGACCCCAGGAGAUGAUUGACAGGUAUCUUUCCUUGGGAGAACAUGAUCGAAAGCGUUUGGAGGAUGAUGAGGACCGCUUGUUGGCUACGCUGCUACAUAAUAUGAUUGCUUAUAUGCUUAUGAUAAAGGUGAAUAAGAAUGAUAUUAGGAAAAAGGUGCGUCGUCUAAUGGGAAAAUCACAUAUUGGAUUGGUGCACAGCCAGCAAAUAAAUGAUAUUCUAGACAAGCUCGCCAAUCUGAAUGGACGGGAACUCCCUGUGAGACCCAGCGGCAGCCGCCACAUCAAGAAGCAGACUUUUGUAGUCCAUGCUGGGACAGAUACAACAGGAGACAUAUUUUUCAUGGAGGUGUGUGAUGAUUGCAUUGUGCUGAGAAGCAACAUUGGCACUGUGUAUGAACGUUGGUGGUAUGAGAAACUCAUAAACAUGACUUACUGUCCCAAAACAAAAGUUCUCUGCCUCUGGCGGAGGAAUGGUCAGGAGACGCAACUGAACAAGUUCUACACAAAGAAGUGUCGGGAAUUAUACUACUGUGUAAAAGACAGCAUGGAGCGAGCAGCAGCAAGACAGCAAAGCAUUAAACCAGGCCCUGAGUUGGGUGGUGAGUUUCCUGUGCAGGAUAUGAAAACUGGUGAAGGAGGUCUUCUGCAGGUCACACUGGAAGGAAUUAACCUGAAAUUUAUGCACAGUCAGGAGCGGAAGGUUUUCAUAGAGCUGAAUCACAUUAAAAAGUGCAAUACUGUGCGAGGAGUCUUUGUCCUGGAGGAAUUUGUUCCUGAAACUAAAGAAGUGGUGAGCCACAAGUACAAGACGCCAAUGGCUCAUGAGAUCUGCUACUCCGUGCUGUGUCUCUUCUCUUAUGUGGCUGCCAUUCGUGGGAAAGAGGCAGAAAACAAAAGCAAACCACCUCGGCCGGUUUCCAGUUGAUCAUGAUAUUGGGAAGUACCUACCCUUUGGCACACUGACGUGCUGCAGUAUUCCCAUUUUUACUGCAGUUCCUGGAUCUCACUUUGCUGUCUUCUAUGAGAACUUGAUUAUUUAUGUAUGACCCUGCAAGUCUUUCCCCAUAGAAAAAUCUAAGACUUCAUUGCUCAGUCUCCUUCUGAAUUCAUCCUUAACGGAGUUUUUAUAUGAGCUGUUCAUCAGACAAUUUUGAGCAUCAGCAUCCAGCUGUGAGUGACCUACUCUGGCCGUUCCUUGGAAUUCCCUUUUUCUUAAGGUGGCUAACAUAGCCUGAGUUCAGUUGGUUUUUUGUUUCUAGUGGUACCUGUUCCAAAUUUAUCACUUUACAACUGCAGGCUUCUGCUUUCAGAUUCUCUCAUAUGUGCACAGUGGAAGCAGUCCGGUCCUGCAUGUUGUUUAAAUAUAAUGUUUUUAUUGUUUUCCUUCUGUGUUGUUUUUACCCACCAACAUGGAGUUCUUGUCACAUAGUUCUUCAAACCCUUUUGGUAGAGAUGAACAAUUUAGCUACUAUAGUCUGAAAAUAUCACGUGACAAUUGAAUUUUGGCUAGUAAAUUGCUCCGUCUGUGGAGAUGACUGCUUCUCAAGUGGGAAAAGGAGAGACAGAGAGAGAGAAACUCUGAAGGUAGUAUAUUGUGAAAAACCCUGGCACCCCAUGAAUUAUGUGGUUUUUCAAAUGGGAAUUUAGAUAAUAUUUGUAGGCAUCUCAACAGUAUAGUUAAUAGAUACAUAUAGCACUACUGCAAGCAGUUAAUCACAGAGGGCAGAAAAUGGAAAUGUAUAAUUUGGAAACAUUAUUGGCAGAAGCACGUGUCAAACCAAUGUAAUUCUGGGUUCGUAACUAUAUUCUCUACAAGAUGUUUCUAUAGCAAUGUACAGAACAUACUCAGAAGCUCAAAGGAUUAUCCAGUCUCCAAAAUUUUAAGCUAUUUUUUUUUUUUUUUCAAUUUGUACUUGUAUAUCAAGGAAUCUCACAAAUACUGGGUUAAGGCGUAACGAAACUCCUUCAGUUAAAAUUAUCCAUCACAUUCCUUAUUUUAAGUAGACUGAAUAUGAAUGUUUCUUGCAUCCUGAUUUUGUUAUUGAAAUGUACUGCACUUGUAUGGAAAGCUCUUAGGAUGCUGUGAGGAGAGUCUGUCUGGAGAAAAUAAUGUUACAUGUAAAAUACCUGGAGAAAUGCUCUGAUGCAUACCGAUGUAUUGUAUGUUUUGACAUAGGAUUCUGAGUAAAUGAACCCAGAUAUAACUCUGUUUUGGCUUGGUCAGGGUCUCUACUGUUUUGAAGGGAAUAAACUAGUAAUGGGUGAGUAAAAGAUGUAAAUAUUACAGUACCACAUCUAUUUAUAGAAACUGUACAGCUGUCUGAAUGUGAAAAUAAAAUGUCAUUCAACCAGCAA